CUGGUUUGUCACUGACUCGGUAGUACCACAGCAGCCAGCCAAACAGUAUCUUGAUCACAAACACACGCACAGACACACACACACACCAACAGCUAAAACAUAAGAAGAGUUUCGAGACGGAAGCAAAGAAAUUGGCUUGUUCCUCCACUCUGCUUUUCCUUGCUUUGCUUCCCUGAUAUGACCCUGUUCAGUCCAAGAUACAUGAGCAUGAGUGGAGAGCUGAAGUCGAGUCGCUCCAGGGCAGCUAGUAAGAGGGCCAGCAACACCACUUAUGGGUCAGAGUUUGAUCUGGACUACGACAGCUACCACGAGGAUUACUACGACAGGGCGUGUGACUAUCAGCGUGUGCCAGCCUCCCUCUCUCCUGUCCCUUCAGGACCAAGUGUGGCCAAGAGAUCCCGCUCCUCCUCCUACUCCUACUCCAGUGGGCACAGACGCAGUCGAGACAGAACCCACUCUAAGAGCUCAAGAGCCCACUCCACAAGUUCAAACACAGCCAAGUUGGGGAUGGAAGAGCUGCAGGUGAUUAAAAAAGAGCUGACUCUGAUAAAGACACAGAUCGAUGGGCUUCUUGACAGCCUUGACAGGAUGGACACACAGAAGAACGACCACAAAGAGUCUCCGCUGAGAGAGGACAGUCCGCUCAGCUUGUCCUAUGUGGUGACGGCCAGCAGUCCGGAGCAUUCCCUGUCCUCGCUCUCCCCACCCAGCUCCCGCCAUCGGAUCCACAGGGAGAGUCCCGACAUGAAGAUGAGCAGCCACAGCUCCGACCCCGAGGAGGAAAUAUGAGGGACAAACAUGAAGAAAACGUAGAAGACGUGGAUUAGGUGCCAAACAUGGACGAAGAGAAACCUGAACCUUCAAGUUAACGCCCACCAACAGAGGCUCAACGCGGCCUGGACAUAUCAGAUCAGAUAGCAUAUUUAUUAUUACCGCAGCUGCUUGGUUUUACUGGAAACAAGGACGCGACAACAAAACAUGAAUAGAAUUAACAAGAUUAUUUCAGAUUACCUUGAAAGAAACAGAAUGACGCGCUGAUUCUAUAUAUAACGUAAAUGUAAAUUAAAGCUGGAAGCUGAGUAAAGAUUAAAGAAAAUGAAUCGGUUCCGCUGAGGGCACGGAUCAAUAAGAACAGCAAUGCUCCCCAUGAAUCACACUGAUGGAAAAUGAAUUAGUUCUGGUCACAAGCCUCCCUCUGUAUUUUACUUAGGUUUGUCUUUUCUUUACACAAUGGAACAAUUAACAGCAUUAAUAGAUGCAUUGCAGAUUUCUUUUCAAAAGUCAAACAACAGUUCAAAUUUAAAGGAAAGAAUUAAAUCAGGCUGGAUGGAGAACCACUUCAUACAACACAGUAAUGAGAUCAGCCAUCUUACUGUAACUGGCUGAAUGUUUAGGAUCACUUAUCUGUUGGAAGGCUCGUCUACCCCUAUAAACGUUUCUCUUUUUUAUAGCUCUAUCAAUUUCUCCAUCAAAUCUGACUGAAGCAAAGGAAACCCAAAGCAUGAUGCUGCCCCCACCGUGUUUUACCGUGGGGAAGGUGUGUCCACGUUGAUGGACACACCUUCAUGUAGUGCAUGUAGUGUUGUACACUACAUGCACGACACUACAUGCAGUGUUAGUGUCAUGCAUGUAGGCCAAUAGCUCACUUUUGGUUUCAACUUCUGAAGACAACAGGGAUUUAUUUAAGAGUAGCAGAGUGAAGGGGGCUCUAUUUCCACUCUCUUCCAAUUUUUACUGUUGAAAAUCUUUUGAAAACGUCUCAUUUUCUUUCCAUUUCAUAAUAAUUUUCUACAUCGUGUUUUUCACAUGAACUCUCAAUAAAAUUCAGUGAAGUUGGUUGUUGAAACUUGACAAAAUGUGGAAAAAGGUCAAAGGUUAUGAAUGCUUUUGUAAGGAACUGUACUUCCUCCGCAACAGGUGUGCUGGUGAAAUAUUACAGGUCUCCUCUGCUACAUAUUUGGCACUUUGAAAUGUGUAAAGGCCCCAAUCAUUGUGUAAUAUUGUGCAUUAUUGUAUACUUUACUGUAAUUGCUUAGCUCUUGGAACUAAAUAUUAAGUUAGGACUUCUUGUGUGGUACUUUUUUAAGGAAAUUAAUGAUGUUAUAAAUAAUUAUCUAAUUCCUAUGUUGUUACAUGUUUUGGUUUGCACUAUCAAGAUAAGAUACUUGUUGUCACUGUAGUGAAAGUAUUUUCAUAUCGAGUACGUAUGCAGCACAUUGUGGUAUGUUUUUAUCUUGACAGACCAUUACAGAAAUGGAAGAAGAAUAAAAGACAAUGGUUGAAGAAGUGA